UACAUUUUAGGAAAAACGGUGUUUACGCACGGCUCCUAUGUUGGAAUAUUCACUGCCAGAAGAACAAUUUAUGUUAUUUAAAGGUAGAAGAUUUUCUUCUGCAACUGAUGAAAGAUUGAAAACAAUUUUCCUCUCCUCAAACACUGUCCUGUUUUAUCCUGGUCCUGAAGCUGUGAGUUUGGAAGAACUCCCAAAUGUAGAAGUGGCAAAUAGUUCUUACAACAUAAUCAUACUAGAUGGAACCUGGCCUCAAGCAAAAUCUCUGUAUGCCAACUGUAAAGAAUUAAAGAAUGUAAAGCAAGUACAAAUAAAUUCCAAAUUAGCUAGUGAAUAUGUAAUUCGAACUCAGCCCACUGAAAAAGCAUUAUCAACUGUUGAGACAGCUGCAGUGGCUCUUGCAUGUUUAGAAGCCAAACCAUAUCUGAAAGAAGUUUUGCUUCAGCCAUUAAAAGCAUUGUGUGGCUUUCAACUCGCUCACGGAGCUCUUACCCACCAAAGCAAAGAAUUCUUAAUUAAAAAUGGACUACAUAAAUCUCAAACAAAAUAUUUACUUCCUCAGCAAGAAUAUCUUUUGUGAAUAAAAGCCUUCUAAAUAUUUUUCAUGUGCAUAUUAUUUCUCAACCUGUGUAUAUAUUAAAAUUAUUUUGAUCUU